AUGUACUGUCAAUUAAUAAAUGGUAUCAAUGGCUCCUAUAAGGAUGUGAUUUUUGGUUUAGAUGAUAAAGCGAGCAUUAAACGGAAUAGGAGGCUUGAAGGCGGCAAUGAGAAGACGCCGUCGACGCAGGAGCAGCCGGUUUUGGAGGCGUCGAAGAGCGGUAUGAAGCCGUCGCUCGAUGAGAACAUCACUCAGGAGCAUGUCGAUGAGACGCCGCCAAAAGUUGAGACGGUGAGCAAGACGAUCAUGGCGCAAUUGGUGCCCGACGAGGAGGAGGCCACACCGCAUCCGAUUCGAUUGUCGCAUUCGUCGUCGGAGAAUACCGAGAAGUUGCAGACGGUGAAAAAACGGGUGAAGCGACGGAAAUGUGUGAAGAAGUCGUCGUCGUCGGGCGAAAAAUAUCGAAGUGCGGCCGUCGAUCGAAGCGCGACGUCGCGAAGCCGCAAGAAGCCGCUGAAAUCGGCGAUGCCGGCAAUGAGAAAGAAGGAGGCGACGCACAAUCGCGUCGAGAAGAAGGAGAGCAGCUCGAUGCGUCGAAAAACGAAGAAGGCGAAAAAGGCGGGGCCGAUGAAGGACGAGACGAUUCUUCGGCAAAUCUUCAACAAGGCCAAAUCGACGUUUAAAGUCAAACCGGACGCGCGACUCGGCGACACCUAUAUUCCGAUGUCCGACGAGUACGAUCGCGAGCCUGACGUGCAGGCCGAGUAUGAGAUCGACGAGGUGCCGACGCCGGAACCGCAAAUCAUUAUCAAUAACGAGAAUAAUGGGAAAUUGUUUGUCAACGGGCUGCCGUUUUGGUGCACCAAAGAGGAGAAGCCGCCGGUGGAAUAUUCGGUGAAUUUCGCCGAAUUGGUGAAAGAUUGCGUCGAGGGCAAAAUGAAGCUGCUUCCCGAGCUAAUCGAGCCCAAUGAUUUGGACAUCUAUCAUCCACUGGAUUAUAUAAUGUCGAGGGAUAAAGAAUAUUUCAAAAAUCAGAAUCGCCUGAUGACAAACACAAUUCGAUCGCUGGUUGGCUGCGGACUGGCGGCGGAAGAAGCCGCGCCGCUUCCGUCGACAUUCCUUCCAGCCAUCACAUUCGUGAUCCCGCAACGAAUGAUAUUGUACAACCGCAAGUGUCGCUUUCAAACCGCCACCACCGUAUUCGUGCCGGGCCAACUGAUGCGAAAACGCAAGAAUCGCAAAAAGAGGAAGAAGAAGAAGGACGGCGAGAAGAAGUCGUCCGAAACCGCCGCGACGCCAUCGUCCUGA